GGAAAUGAUAUUCUCACAUUACAGCACACACUUUUACCUCACACAUAGAUGUAUGGAUUCUGAUGGACAGCUAUCAAGUUUUCUCUUCGAGUUUGCUGUCUGAGCGACAGUGAGUGCAAAGUGUCAUUGUCAGUCUCGCCUUUCUCCUUGUGGCUGACAGCGACAUCAACCCCCUCGCUCCUGUCAGCUUGCCUGCAUCUGUACUUGUGGGAUGAUGGCUGAGCUCAGGAUAGCUAAGAAUGCCUUACUGGAUGGACUUCUCAAUAGUCCCCCCAGUAAACCAUAUCUCAAGAGACGAUGUUUCAGUGAUACCUCGGACCUGUUUGCUAUGAUCGAGAGGAUACAGGGUUGCAGAAUGGAUGAGCAAAGGUGCCCCCUUCCUCCCCCCCUCAAAACAGAAGAAGACUACAUCCCUUAUCCCAGCGUUCAUGAGGUUCUGGGUCGCACCAGUCCGUUUCCACUCAUCCUACUGCCCCAAUUUGGAGGCUACUGGAUCGAGGGGACCAAUCAUGAACCAAAAGACCCACCAGAGGCCGAUCAACCUCCCUGUCCCACCUCCCACAUCAAACUGGAGACGAACAGCACUGCAAAGAUCUACAGGAAGAAUUUCAUGGGCAAGGAACACUUUAAUUACUACACCAUGGAUGCUGCCCUGGGCCACUUGGUCUUUUCAAUGAAGUAUGAUGUCAUUGGGGAUCAAGAGCAUCUGCGCUUGAUGCUUCGGACAAAGCUAAAAACCCAUCAUGACGUGAUUCCCAUUUCCUGCCUUACUGAGUUCCCCAAUGUGGUUCAGAUGGCCAAGCUUGUCUGUGAAGAAGUAAAUGUGGAUAGGUUUUACCCUGUUCUCUACCCAAAGGCAUCAAGGCUCAUCGUCACCUUCGAUGAGCAUGUAAUCAGCAACAACUUCAAGUUCGGAGUUAUUUAUCAAAAGUUUGGCCAAACAUCAGAGGAGGAGCUCUUUGGGAACAUGGAAGAAAGUCCUGCCUUUGUUGAAUUCUUGGAGUUUCUGGGCCGGAAGAUUGAGCUUCAUGACUUUAAAGGUUUUCGAGGUGGGCUCGAUGUCACUCAUGGGCAGACGGGGACAGAAUCCAUCUACACAAAUUUCCAUAAUAAGGAGAUUAUGUUUCAUGUGUCCACCAAACUGCCUUACACGGAAGGAGAUUCGCAGCAGCUGCAGAGGAAGAGGCACAUAGGCAACGACAUCGUAGCCAUCGUGUUCCAGGAGGAGAACACGCCCUUUGUACCAGACAUGAUUCAAUCCAACUUCCUGCACGCGUAUGUGGUGGUGCAGGUGGAGAACGCGUGUACGGACAACGUCACCUACAAGGUGUCAGUGACAGCAAGGGAUGAUGUACCUUUCUUUGGACCUGCUCUACCAGACCCUGCCAUCUUCAAAAAGGGCCCCGAUUUCCAUGAGUUCCUCUUCACCAAGCUCAUCAAUGCAGAGUAUGCCUGCUACAAGGCUGAGAAGUUUGCCAAGCUGGAGGAGCGCACACGUUCAGCUCUGUUGGAAACGCUGUAUGAGGAGCUGCACAUCAACAGCCAGUCCAUGAUGGGUCUGGGGGGAGACGAAGAUAAGCUGGAGAACGGGGGCGGAGGAGGAGGAGGAGGCUUCUUCGAGUCCUUUAAGCGGGUCAUCCGCAGCAGAAGCCAGUCUAUGGACGCCAUGGGCCUCAGUAACAAGAAGUCACACACAGUCUCCACUAGUCACAGUGGCAGCUUUACCCACAAUCCCGCAGAGAGCCCCAAAACCCCAGGGAUUUCAUUGCUUGUCCCAGGGAAAAGUCCCAGUAAAUAUGGACGUCGAGGCAGUGCCAUAGGGAUAGGAACAAUAGAAGAGUCAUUAAUUAUUCCAGGGAAAAGCCCAACCAGGAAAAAGUCUGGGCCCUUCAGCUCCCGUCGCAGUAGUGCCAUUGGGAUCGAGAACAUCCAGGAGGUCCAAGAGAGGAGCCGAGAGGUGUCACCUAGCACCCAGAAGAUACCGGACCCCAGCUAUAUGUCGCAGGAAAACAAAUCAGACAACUCCUCCAAUCACAGUUCUCCGGAGUUUCCUGCCACUAAGAACAGUUUGGCAAUGUGUUGCAGAGCACCAUCCAUCCCAGAGGCUCAGGACCUUUCCCGCUCCUCAUCCAAUGCCAGCAGCUUCGCCAGCGUUGUGGAAGAGCACGAAGCUGAGGAGGAGUAUGACACCGGAUUGGAAAGUGUGUCUUGUAUUACGCCAAUCAAAAAAGACUCAUUUGUCUAUAGCUCUGGGGUGGAGGACAGUGCGUGCAGUACCAGCCAAGGAAGUUUUCCAGCAGCUCCUCGUCUCCAACACCAACCAGAUGGAGUGAAGACAUCGGAGCCCAAAGGGACAGACAGCCGGCCCAAGACAGAGUGCCCCCAGCAGGAGCACAAGUUCUCAUCGAACUGUUAGCCACUCUCUGAUCACUACACCAACGGAUAUUUUCAGCAUUCCCGUAAGAGGCAUCUUUUGCCAAAAAACAAGCCAGGGGCAUGUGAACUCCACCACUGAUGCAGAAAAGGAGCACCGUUAGAAGCCAGAUCAAGAGACUGACAGAUCUUCCUUUGUAUGUUCGGCAUGGAUCUGCUACCUGUCACGACAGACACCUGGCUCCAUGGACAUGUACCAACCUACUGCCCUCAUUCCAUCUCCUUGUGGAAACCUCCUUGAGUGCUCAAGGCAAAGGGAAAAAAAAAGAGGCUUCCGCAAACAUGCAGCAUCUCUUCUGGCCAUCACCUUCGGACAGUCCACCCGCCCGCUCAUUCUUCAGGCCAGUAAGUUCUAAAACCCGACUCUUACUGUAAAAAAAACUCAUGUGCUGUGUAUCCUCUUUGAAAGAUCAGGACUCCAACGGGGCUUUUAAUCUUGUCACUGAAAGAGUGUUGGGUGAAACCGAGGCAGAUCAAACAACUGGUGUUUGCUUAGCUUGUGAAGAGUUGCACUAUGAAGUAAAAUGUUUUUCUUUUAUGUCAAAUUCACAUCCCACUGUGAUAUUGUACAUGGGUUUCACUUUGAUGUACCAGGUGUGUGUGUGUGUGUGUGUGUGUGUGUGUGUGUGUGCGUGCGUGUGUGUGUGGCUGUUUUGUCAGUCAUGGCCAUGUUUUGUGUUUUAUUGAUGAUCUGCUCUUCUUUUCUUCUUAUUCUGCAGUGAAUAUUUGUGUUUUACAACAACUUCACCAAAAAUUGUCAUGUUUUGAUCGAGGUUACAUUCAUGAUGCUGUUGUUGGCGGCUAUGAAAAUUUCCACACCACCAGAAAUUUGUGCUGCAGUAAAAACUGUGACCUAUUUUAACAGAAACGUCGACUUCAUUGAUACAAUUUUAGUAAUAAGCAGAGUCACUGUAGUGCCCCAACCAGCAACAUGCAUCCUCACAUUUAAAGGUACUGCUGUUUAGACUUAUGUCUCCAAAUGCUCUUUGUUGCCCCACUUGUUGAUGUCUGUGUACGGGUGUAUACUGUGCAUGGUCCCCCCCUCCCCACUUCCCCUCCUCUGUACACUGGUGCCAUGCUUGACAUAGAAGUGUUGUCCCUGUGAUUUGUGUUUUUAUUGAAAACCAGCCGACAUCUCCAGAUGCAGUGCACCUUGCUGAUAGAGAGCCAAAUGUCACCUUUUUCCUACUUUAUUUGUAAAGUGUAAUAUAUGUACGUGACCUAAGCACUACAUUUUCAGAGUUAUUCCAGGACAUGUUGACCCUUUUUUUUUCUGAGGAAUCGGGAGUCGUUGCUGAAAAUGAAUUACACUGUGACUCGUCUUGAAGUUGCCUUUACGAUUGUGUCACGUGAGCUGCAUUGAAAGGAGGGUCAUAUUUAAAGUUGCCGGAUGGCUUGAAUGUAAAACUGGGCAGAAAUGGAUUUAUUUGUACAUAUCUGCUCUGGUUAUUGGGGAUUCUGUGUUGAUUCCUGAUCAUUGUAAACCUGAGUGAGAAACAGCUCAUGUUUACUGAACACAGAAGCUUUUUUCUGUUUUCAGUUUGUGAUGAAGGAAAGGACUGACACAUGGGGACGAUUUAUUUCACUGAUAUGACUGAAGCAGACAUUUAUUGUCGGUAGUGAAUUAUUGACAGCAUUUACAGCUUGUGAAAGUACAAAAAGUUGAAGACACUGGACCAAAUGAAAAACACCCUAUAUCCAAGCUACAAAUCUCUCUGCGUACAAAUUGUAUAGAAUAGCACUGAGAGAAAUUUUAACGCGUGUGUUAUGGCCUUUUAAAUUGACUUCUCAAAAAAGGAUGAUUUGACAUCAUUUUCCUCUGGACUUUGGAAAUGCUUGAGUAGGUAAAGUCCGCCCUCUUGUGGCUCUGUAUUAUUAUCGCACAUCACUAUGUGGUGCCGUUCAUCUAUCUGUGCUUGCACUGUAUGCCAGUGGCCGACAAACCACGACGACAUGGGGAGCGAAUCUUCUAUGUGCUCGAUUCAAAUGAUUGUAUUUCUGUUCUUGUCAAGAGUUUGCUUAAGCCCUUGUUCAAAAGACUCGUUUGUAAAUAUUGCUUUACAUCUUUUUUUUGUAAAUGAAGCCAACAAAAAUGUUUAAUAAAGAGGAAGAUGCAUACAGUA